AUGGUGUUGGACACCCGGUUUUUUGAGCCGAUCGAACGUGGAGACAUCGAGGACCAUGUGUUUGAGAUGUAUGUUGAGCAUGCACCGCCGGAGAGCGCCGGGCUGGGGUAUUUGUCGCGGACAAACGAGGUACGGGUCGCGGUUGGAGACGACGAGUAUGUGGUCCAGCAGUCUGUUUCUGCUUUCAACGGUAGCAACAGGGACGGCACAACGGGGUUUUUAACGUGGUCGACGUCGAAAAAGGUGGCUGAGUGGCUUCUGCAGCCGAAUAACGCCGUCUUCGACGCAAUCAGGAAUUCUAGCAUAGUGGAGCUGGGGUCCGGCGUGUCGGGGCUGCUAGCGUGCUCGGUGGGCCGCAAAUGCCGUCAUUAUGUUUGCACUGACCAACAAGGCGUGAUGAAGCUGCUCAAGAGCAACAUAAGUCGCAACGGCGGCGUUUUCGAGUCGUCUACUAUCCCUACCGAAAAUACAUCCAGACGACACAACGUGCCGCGAAUCGACGCCGUGACGUUCGAUUGGGAGUCCUCGUCGACCGAGGAGGUUCUAGAACUUGUUAAAGGAUAUCCAGAUUUUAUCAUUACCUGUGAUACUAUAUACAAUCCGUACUUGAUACCGCAUCUGGUGCGGGCUGCCGAGACGCUGGCGGGGCCACAAACAGGCAUUUUGGUCGCGGUGCAGCUGCGCGAAAGCAGUCUGUUGAACGAUUUCCUGGUCCACGCUGUGGCUCGGUUCUGUGUGUAUCGUGUACCGGGGGUUGGAGACGGCUAUGGAGUGUACUAUCUGGAGAAAUAA